CUAAACCAGCCAAUCCACAAGGGACUACCAAGGGUAGAGGCAAGGCAUUACAUUCAACUCUACCAAGAGGAGCCUUCACAUAAUGAAGUCUUGCUUUCCUUGGCGAAACUUGAUUUCAACUUAUUGCAAGAGCAACACCAGAAGGAACUUGGCAACAUUACAAGGUGGUGGAAGGAUUUAGAUGGAGAGAGAAAGUUUCCGUUUGCCAAAAAUAGGCUUGUGGAGCUGUAUUUCUGGAUGUCGGGAGUUUAUUUCGAGCCGGAGUACGAAGCCAUUAGAGAAAUACUAACCAAAGUGAUGGUGAUUGUUUCCAUAUUUGAUGAUGUGUAUGAUAUCUAUGCCACAUUGGAAGAACUAGAACUCUUCACGAAAGCAAUUGAAAGGUACAAUUGGCACUCAAAUGCUUUUCUUGUUUACCAAUUCCCAAUUUAUUCUAAUUUGGUCAACCGUUAAUUAGGGUCAAAUGUGAUGUUUUCUGAACUUGAAUUCAGGUGGGCUAUCGAUGCCAAAGAUGGAUUGCCCGAGUACAUGCAAGUGUGUUACAAGACACUUCUUGAUUUGUAUGAUGAAAUUGGCUACGAAGUGACUAGAAAAGGACAAUCAUACCGCCUCUUCUAUGCAAAAGAAGUGAUGAAAAACCAUAUGAGAACAUACUUAGCCCAAGCCAAAUGGUUCCAGCAAAACUACGUACCAACGAUGGAGGAGUACCUGCCCAUUGCAUCAUUAUCCAUCGGUUGUGAAUUGCUAUUAGGGACGUCGUUUCUGGGAAUGGGGUAUGUCGUAACAAAAAGUUAUUUUGACUGGUUAUUACUUAGCGACAACAAGAUGGUGAAGGCUUCGGGUGUAAUCUCUCGGCUCAUGAAUGACAUUGCUGGACAUAAGUUUGAGCAAGAGAGAGGACAUACGGCAUCUUCAGUGUAGUGUUUCAUGAAACAAUAUAGAGUUACGGAGCAAGAGGCUAAGGACGCUCUCCGUAAACAAGUGGUCAAUGCAUGGAAGGACAUAAACAAAGAGCUAUGCCAUCCGACCUCUGUCCCCAAGCCACUCCUUGUGCGAAUUCUCAAUUUUGCACGAGUCUUUCAUGUGGUGUAUAAUGAUGAAGUAGAUCACUACUCUCAUGCUGGAGCAAAGUUCAAAGAAUUUGUGACUUCUCUUCUCGUCGAUCCAUUGCCAAUGUGAUGAUUUGGAAGAACGAGUUUAAUUACCAAGCGUCAUAGAUUGCA